GCGGGAAGUGCAUGUGGACGAUCCCUCGCCGCAGUUGUUGUUCCGAGGUGCGUGCCGCGAUCUUGGAGCAGACUCGCGGCCGCCGCAGGUGCCAAUGAACGGGUUGUGUUCGUGAUGCCCAGCGGCCGUGAGUAGAUGAUGGAGAGGAGGACAGAGCAGAAGCCGUGCCUCUCCUCAUCUGUCUCUGGCCUUUUCAGUUGUUUUCUCGUGUACGGGUGAACCAAAUCGAGCGACAACGCCAUCGCUCUCCAAAGAAUACCUUCCACCACGCGAGGCCUGUUCUUACACCGAGCAUCCGCACUGUGCUGCAUGGAAUCGCUGAGUGCGUCGAUCCCUUUAUCCCCUCGGAUACGUGCCAUCCACAGCAUCCACGGGAGAAACAGCGCGGCUACGUGACGGCGCUACGCCAUAACAUUCUGACCGCUAACUGAAGCCAUGUCGAUCAGAUCCAAAAGCAAUGGUUGCGCACCUUCAGAGACCUCUGGGACAACGAAGGCUGAGUUGGGGAGAACUUCGCGAAAUGAGCGCUCCACUAUGCCAUGGUAUGGGCCGGACAGCCGACACAGCUGGAUUACGGCCGCGGCUUGCAGUUUGUCCACUUUCUUCGGCGUUGCUGCCCGUCGGUCAGCUGGCUUUCUAUAUGUGGCCAUUCUACAGACGUUUCACGCCACACGAAGCGAGGCCGCGUGGGCCGUCAUCAUCAUGACCGGCAUCAUAUCGCUAGCAGGGCUCAUAUCUGGUCCCAUCGCGCACAAGUACACCGCCCGGCCUGUGGCCAUCACAGGAGGCGUGAUCGCAGCGUUGGGCCUCAUGCUGUGCUUCCUUGCAACACGCAUUGAGCAUCUCAUCAUGAGCCUGGGAAUAUUGCACGCAAUUGGGAGCGGCUUGGUGUUCGUGGUGAUUCCGACGGUGAUCAACGAGCACUUCGUCCGCUACAGGGGUAUCGCCAUGGGCAUCAACUUUGCCGGCUCCACCAUGGCCACGUUCGUCUUCCCCCAGACGUUGGAGGUGCUCACCGAUGCGUACGGCUUCCGAGGUGCCAUGCUGCUGUUCGGCGCCAUCAGCCUCAACUCUGUCGCAUUCAGCCUCUUCCUGAGGCAACCGGAGUGGCUGAAGAGGCGCCAGGAGAUACAAACGAAAGCAGCCGCCGCAGCCACCGAGAUAUCUGCGGAUGCGAACACCACUUGCAAGGCUCAAAAUGGUUCAUUAGAACCUGCUAAUGGAAGCCUACCAAAGAUGAAUACUCGCAAGGCACCGGUCCCCGGAUCGUUCCGGCAUGCCCUGACGGUCUUCUCUUGCCCCAUGUUCUACCUGGUCGCCUACUCGUACAUCGCCUUCAUCUUCGCCUUUGAAUGCUACAUUUCACUCCUGAUUGACUUCGCCAUUGACAAAGGCGUCAGCUUUUCGCGGGCCGUGACAAUGAUCUCGUUGAGCUCGAUUGCAGACUUGGUGGGCCGCCUCACGCUUCCCUUGGCUGCCGAUAGGGGCUACAUAAGUCGGCAGACGCUGGUGACUGUCACCUUCCUGUGCCUUGGAUCGCUGUUCGUGCUUGUUCCAUUGGCAUCGAGCUACGCCGCUCUCUUCACAUUCGCCACGGCGAUCGCCUUCUGCAUCGGCAUCGUGAUGUGCCUGGUCUCCGUACUACUGGCGGAGUACGUGGGCGUCGACCGUGUAUCCAUGGCCUACGGCAUGGUCUCAGGAUUCUCUGGUGUUACGUCGCUCUUUAAGCCUCUAAUAAUAGGCUACUUCAGGGACGUCAUCGGGGCAUACGACAAGCUAUUCAUCAUAUGCGGAUCUGGAGUCCUUCUGGGUGGAUUCAUGUGGAUCGCUGUGCGUCUGCGGGACAUUACCAAACGGACCAAGCGCUGGGAUGUAAAGACUAUCGAAGCAAGCAACAGUGUACAAGUCGCGGCUGUUCUUCCGAAGUACAGCUACAGUGCAGCAGAGCUACCACCUGCAUAUGCUUUUUGACCAGCGUUACCUUGUCAAGGCGUGUGACUCUAAGCUUGGAAACACAGUGCACUAUGUGCACUUUGUACUAUUUCAUCUGAAGUGACUGUUUUGCUUUGUUAAAAGGCCACUGUGUCGACUCGAAGAAAAACAUCAGUGUGUACCAUCAAGCUCAACUAACAUCGUUUUCAUUGUAAUUUAUGUAUAUAAUACAGGCAUUCCAUCAUCAAACAACUCUUGGAGUGUGUACCUACUGAUACACAGGUAUGUCGUAGAGUUAGGUGAGCUGCACGUGUGUAAUGAUAAUACAAGCAUUGCAUCAUCAAACAACUCUUGGAGUGUGUACCUGCUGAUACACAGGUAUGUCGUAGAGUUAGGUGAGCUGCCCGUGCGUAAUGAUAGUACAAGCAUUUCAUCAUCAAACAACUCUUGGAGUGUGUACCUACUGAUACACAGGUAUGUCGUAGAGUUAGGUGAGCUGCACGUGCGUAAUGACAGAGCUCCGCUUCAUCUAGUCUUCAAUAGAUGCAAGAAAUACAUCGAUUCAGUCAAUCAUGACAACAUGGUACGUGUUAUAAUAAAGAAGAAGAAAACGUACAAGGUAUAUUUCU